CCCGGUGAAGGCGGGGCGCGGGGCGGAGCCGCUGCAGGGGCGGGAGCUGCGGGCUGGCGGCGGGGGGCCGGCACCCCUGGUCGUCCCCGCCGGACCCCCCCCGCUGCUCCGGCGCCCGUGGCGGCGCGGCCAUGAAGCUGAAGCUGAAGAACGUGUUUCUCGCCUACUUCUUGGUGUCCAUCGCCGGCCUCCUCUACGCGCUGGUGCAGCUCGGCCAGCCAUGUGACUGCCUCCCUCCACUGCGGGCAGCAGCUGAACAGCUUCGGCAGAAGGAUCUCAGGAUUUCCCAGCUGCAGGCAGAUCUUCGCCGUCCACCCCCUGUCCCUGCCCAGCCCCCUGAGCCCGAGGCCCUGCCUACUAUCUAUGUUAUUACCCCCACCUAUGCCAGGCUCGUGCAGAAGGCAGAGCUGGUCCGGCUAUCCCAGACCCUGAGCCUUGUGCCCCGGCUGCACUGGCUGUUGGUGGAGGAUGCUGAGGGCCCUACCCCAUUGGUCUCAGGACUGCUAGCCGCCUCGGGUCUCCUCUUCACGCACCUGGCAGUCCUCACCCCCAAGGCCCAGCGGCUUCGGGAAGGUGAACCAGGCUGGGUCCGGCCCCGUGGUGUAGAACAGCGGAAUAAGGCCCUGGACUGGCUCCGGGGCAAAGGGGGUGCCGUGGGGGGUGAGAAGGACCCACCACCACCAGGGACCCACGGAGUCGUGUACUUUGCUGACGAUGACAAUACCUACAGCCGGGAGCUGUUUGAGGAGAUGCGUUGGACUCGUGGUGUCUCAGUGUGGCCUGUGGGGCUGGUGGGCGGCCUGCGGUUCGAGGGUCCUCGGGUACAGGAUGGCCGAGUUGUGGGCUUCCACACGGCCUGGGAGCCCAACAGGCCCUUCCCUGUGGACAUGGCGGGAUUUGCCGUCGCCCUGCCCUUGCUGUUGGCUAAGCCCAGUGCCCAGUUUGACGCUACUGCCCCCCGGGGCCACCUGGAGAGCAGUCUCCUGAGCCACCUUGUGGACCCCAAGGACCUGGAGCCCCGGGCUGCCAACUGCACUCGGGUGCUAGUGUGGCACACACGGACCGAGAAGCCCAAGAUGAAGCAGGAAGAGCAGCUGCAGCGGCAGGGCCGCGCCUCAGACCCUGCCAUCGAGGUGUGAUGGCGGCCCCACCCUGACCACUACAUUUCAGGCACAGACCUUGAGGGACUGGGCCCCAGGCCUGGCUGGCUUUCUAAUUCCUGACCCCUCCAGAGCCAGGGUUGGGCCCAGGGCGUGGCCCAGCUGCUUCCCCUCCCCCUCCCCAGCCUGCCUUGUGGGCGGCCCACAGGCUGGGGACAAGCCGCCCUUGUAUUGAGCCAGGUCAGCCUUGCCUGGGGUGAGCAGAAGGCCGGCCCACUGAGGAGGGCGGGCGGCAGAGGAACUGGGUAACUUAUUGGGGGUUGGGCGUGCACUGGGGGGCUGGAGGAGCUGGCUGGACCCUCCCCACCUGAGCAUGCAGACUCCCCUCCUACCUCCAGAAUAAAGAAUCUCAACC